UGGCAGUCAGUCUAUGCCGACCCCUCCUCUCGGGUCCCGUCCCACCAGGGCUUGGCACCGAAUCACCGCCCACGUUGUCCGCGUCCGCGCGCCGCGGCCGCUGUGGCUGCGACGGGACGGGCCUUGGCCCUGCCUGCCCCGGCGCCCCCCGGCCCGGGCCGCACUGCCCCGGGUGAUUCGUCUCGGCCUUGCGGCCCGUCGGCACGGUGUCGCGUCAAUUCGCGCAUAGCGCCGCUUCGUGGCGUCGCGGCGGCGCCUGCAGCUCUGUAGCAGCGCAGCCAUGCCCGACCGAGGCCGCCCGGGCCGGCGCCAGAGCAGCGGGCCGGGGGCUGGGCCCGGGGCUGGGGCCGGGGCUGGUCCUUCCCCCGGGCAGGGGCAGCAGGGCGGCGCGGCAAGGGCCGGCUCCAUGUCGGGCCGGAGCAGGACCCGGUCGCAGACCAACCCUGAUUUCCCGCUCGACACUAUGAACGCAGCUGAGGAGGGAAGAAUGUCGCAGUCUGGAGAUGGACUGCAUACACCAGGGUUUCUCUCUUGGCGGAAGCUUCAGCUUUCCCGAGCUAAACUUAAGGCUUCCAGCAAAACCUCGGCUCUUUUGUCAGGUUUUGCCAUGGUUGCUAUGGUUGAAGUGCAGCUAAGUGACAAUACCAAGGUUCCACAAGAGAUGCUCAUUGCUUUUGCAGUGUGCACAACUCUCUUGGUUGCAGUUCAUAUGUUGGCAUUAAUGAUUAGCACCUGCAUACUCCCUAAUAUAGAUGCUGUGUGUAACAUGCAUUCAAUUAGUUUAGUUCAUGAAUCCCCUCAUGAAAGACUUCACUGGUAUAUUGAGACAGCCUGGGCCUUUUCUACUCUUUUAGGGCUACUACUGUUUCUGUGUGAAAUAGCUAUUCUUUGUUGGGUUAAAUUUUAUGACUUUUCUCAAAUUGCAGCAUGGUCUGCCUGUAUUUUACUUAUCCCUGUUCUUAUAAUUUUUAUGGCCUUUGCUUUUCACUUUUAUCGAUCUCUUGUUAGUCACAAGUAUGAAGUGACAGCCUCAGGAAUAAGAGAGUUAGAACUGUUAAAAGAACAAAUUGAAGCAGGGGACCUUGAGGGUAGAGCCAAUGGCAUCAGCUUACUGAACUCAACCCAAGUUGUGUGACUUUCUUUUCUGCUGCUUCUUGUGUUUUAAGACUCGAUUACAGAAAACUGUCGCUGAAGUGUUGAAUAGGGGUUGCUCUUUCAUCACAGGCUCAUUGGGAAAGAAAGGUUCUUCUCAAAGUUUAGGAAAAGUACUUACAGAUUUUUAUUGUGUUCACCUAAACCAUAUAUCCCUUUACUCUCAAAUUCAGAAAUGUGAGUUGAUACAUUUGAAAUGGAACUUUCAUUCAGUUGGACUGAGGCAUGCAUUCCAAUUGUUCAUGAUUUUUAAAGAAAAUGUUGUGGUACUUUAAGUGUCAAAAUUCUGUGUGUGAGACGUAUUGAAGGUAUUGUUACCUUUUGCAAUCGGUUAAGAAAUUGUUUUUUGUUGUUAUUGUAUUUUUUUUUUAUUACUUAUUAAAUUUAUCAAAUUGAAUGUAUUGACCUCUCAUAUUAAAUAUGCUUGUGUAUUUCUGUUCUAUUUUUGUGCACGUUUGAUUGUGUAGUAAGUUUUUUUAUCUAACCUGGAUAUGGAAGGUUUUAUUUGUGUCAUAAAAUAAUACAGUUCAGUUAAUCCUAUGAGUCCUUCUAAAACCAAAUCUACACUAAAGGAUCAAACCUGUAUAUUACAGCAACUCUUUUGUUCUUAAAUGCCACACUUCUUUUUCAUAGAAUAGUUGUUAAAUACAGAUUUAUUAGGAAGGCUCUUCCUUCCCAUAAUCUUUAUCUUGCUUUUAGAAGUGUUUUUGAGUAUUCAAAAGGCCCCCUCUCUUUGUACUGAUGUCUUAACAUGAUAUUUCUUAUGUUGAAUCGUUCUCUGUUGUUGCUCUCUUCAUGUCCUUCUCUGACCACCUUCAAGCCCUUAUCUACAUGUUAAGUAUUUUAAUUUUUAGUCUCUAAGUUUAAGAUGAUUUUUAAUGCAUUGUAGAUGCUUCUUUGACCACCCUCCUUAAGCCAAAACAUGAGUAGGAUGAUUUUUUUUAAAUUUGUGUAUGUAUUCACCUAUGUUGGUAGUCUUCCCUCCACCCAGCAUGGUGGUACAUGUUUGUUAUUCUUGCUCAGAAAGACAUUAGUUAAUUAUGUUGAAGAUUAUCAAAUCUUCACUAAGAUCUUAGUACAUAAUAAUUCUUUCAUUUCCCCAUAUUUUUUUGUUUUGUUUUGUCUGUAAAUUUGUGACGUACUUGAAACUACAAUUACUUUAGCAUUUACUAGAGAAUCUCAUAUUUAUAUUGGUCUUUCUUUAGUGUUUCGUUUUUCUUUUGCGUUUGUGGGUUUUCACUCUGCUUGCUUUCUAGUUUUAAAAAGCAAUGAAGUUGACUAGAAAAAAAUUGCACUGCAUAUAUUUAAACGCAUAGGGUAAAGUGCCUCAUGUGGCAACUGCAGCUGCCCAGUGAUGACCAUUUGUCUGGAAUCACAAUGUCACGGUUUACUUUCAGAUUUGAGCUUUGUGUUGCAACAGGUAGAGCUCUCGAUUUUUUGUGCCCCCCUACUACUCCUGGCUGUUUUCUUUGCUUUAAAAAAAAAAGAGGUGGCUAGCAAUUGGUAGGCCUAUCUCUGAAAAUGGCCAUCAUUGGGUUGCUUUCCCUAGUUGAUGUCUACUUGCUGUUUAUUUUUAUUGAUUUAUAAAAUCAAUGCUCAAAAUCAGUUGGUGUUUGGUAAAAGUCAUUUUGUUGUUUUUGUUUUGUAUUUUUAAGUUCCUGCUCUACAAACUUAUUUGAAAUUGUUAAAUUUAAUAUACAAAAUAGGAGAGUAAGUUUGUUUUUCAGGGUAGACUGUUGUAUUUGUCUUCCCUAGAACUGAGUUGUGUAAACCCAUUCCUGCAUUCCUGUGGUAUGCUUUGAUUUAAACAACACAAGAGUAGUGUUUCCUAACUUACUAUCUAUAUUUAACCCAGAAUUGAGCAAUCAUGACUAAUUGAUAGUGCUUGCUAAUUUCUUCAUGUUUGGGACUGUGAUUGAUGAUUGACGUGUUAUUACUUGAGAUUUUUUUUUAACUUUAUGUUUUUAUGAUGAGAGAUAUGGAUAGCAUGAUAUUGUGUUGAACUUUACAAAUAUUUUUUUUGAUGGCCAGAGUCAUUUGACCCUUUGAAAAGUGAAAAAGAAAAUUGUCUUGUGGAAUUCUAAAUUAAAUCAUGUCAUUGUGGCAGAACACUUUUGACUGUUUUAUUUUGUUUCUUUCAAUUGUGUUUGGUGUUUCAUUUUGGUACAAUUAUUCACUUUACUUUUCUUUACGAUCAAUGGUGCUCUCUUGGUAGUGGAUCUAUGAGUACAAAUGUAUCCCAUUAUUUUCUGGUGAAGGCUGUCGUUUGCCUUUCUAAUACAGGAAAAUGUAAAUGAUUAUUACUAAAAGUAUCGUUUCUUUAAAUCUUUUGUACUUAAGAUUUAACAUUUUCAACUUGCCAUUAUAUUUUCACUCCAUAAGUCGUCUCUUUAAUGUAAGGUAACAUUGGAUUGUUGUUUGUUUUUUUAAAAGAAAAGCUAGUUUGUUCUACCAGUAUUAAAAAAGUGUCAUGUUUCUACUUAAUAGUUUGGGGUGACGGAAGAGGUUCUCCUUUGCAGAGCUACCAAAAACCUUGUUUGAUUGUAAUAUCAAUGUACAAUUUGAAGUUUUGAAUGUGAUUGAAUUUAUCCAUCUUCUUACAUCACCUACCACCAUCUAACUUUGCCGCAUGACUAAUUUUGUAUGUGAUGCCAAAAAGUUCAAACAUUUUACGUAAUUUUGCAAUGAGUUUAUUUAAUUACAAAUUUCUGUAACUUAGAGAGUUUAUCUAGUUCUCUUCAACCUGUACCAGAUACCUUUAAGUAAUUAAGAUUCAUGAAGGUAUACACAUCUUUGCCUUGGUUCAUUGUUACGUACUCUGUUUGGUAUUCUAACUUCCUUCCAUCAGGAAAAAUCUGUUUUAAGGACUCAAAUAUAUUCUGUGAUUGGCAACAAUAAAUAAAUAAUGAUGUUCUUUAAAA